UAAAUGCAUUGAACAGGACAGAGAGGAGAGGCGAGGAGAGAAGAAGAACGCCAUUCGGAUUGGAUCGCCGGUUCUUUACGGUGGAAAAAGCGGCGCGAUUCUUCUCUUCCUUCGUGUUUUCGAUCUUAUUUUGGUGUUCUUGAAGGCGGGAAGCGCUGUGUUGCUGCCAUUUGCUACUCUGUUCUCCAAGUCUUCGGAAGAGAGAUGAAGGGAGAAGAGCAAACUAGGUCUUUGUUUGGGAUCUCAUUGACCGGGAGGCCGAAGUGGCAGCAGUUCCUUCUGUGUUCCUCUGGUUUCUUCUUCGGGUACCUUGUUAAUGGCGUUUGUGAGGAAUAUGUUUACAAUCGAUUGCAAUUCAGCUACGGUUGGUACUUCACGUUUGUGCAAGGAUUUGUGUAUCUUGCCCUAAUUCACCUGCAAGGCUUCACCACGACUCAGAUGGCGAAUCCAUGGAAGACUUAUGUUAAGUUGUCCACUGUUCUUAUGGGCUCGCAUGGAUUAACCAAAGGGUCCCUGGCCUUCUUGAAUUACCCAGCACAGCUGAUGUUUAAAUCUACCAAGGUGUUGCCGGUUAUGGUAAUGGGCGCCUUCAUUCCAGGUCUUAGACGCAAAUAUCCAGCGCAAGAAUACAUCUCAGCAGUGCUUCUUGUUGCAGGCCUCAUCCUCUUCACCUUGGCUGAUGCCCAGACGUCUCCCAACUUUAGUGUGAUAGGAGUGGUGAUGGUCAGCAGUGCCCUUGUGAUGGACUCAUUUGUGGGCAACUUGCAGGAGGCUAUAUUUACCAUGAAUCCAGAAACCACUCAGAUGGAGAUGCUCUUCUGCUCAACUGUGGUGGGACUCCCAUUACUGAUUCCACCGAUGCUUUUAACUGGGGAACUCUUCAAGGCCUGGAACUCUUGCAAUAAGCAUCUGUAUGUUUAUGCGGUGUUAGUCUUCGAAGCCAUGGCAACUUUCAUUGGUCAAGUAUCGGUGUUAUCACUCGUCGCGAUAUUUGGUGCUGCAACAACUGCCUUGGUGACUACAGCAAGAAAGGCCGUCACACUUCUGCUGUCUUACAUAAUAUUCACAAAACCUUUGACAGAGCAGCAUGCUACUGGACUUCUGUUGAUCUCCAUGGGAAUCAUUUUGAAGCUGAUUCCCCAAUGCAAAGAUCCGGUUUCGUCGAAACAGAAACAGAAGCAGCAGCAGUACCCGCUGGAGGAUUCCGAGAAAGAUGCCGAAGUGAGUUCACUAGUAUGAACUGUGAAGGUAGGCACAAAAUGUUGCUUAUAUGCACUUAUAGUGUCGACCCCCAUAUGAAGAUUUCACUAGUUUGAAGCAUUGCAUAAGAUGUUUCUUUCGAUUUGUUCCUCGUUGAUUUUUUGGUUAGGCUUCAAGUCCUUCGCCAACUAAUUCUAGAUAGUUGAGAUUGGCACAAAGUGUUUUUUUAUAUUCUUUAUUUGAAUCAA